UAUUGCAGCAGGGCAGCUGUCGUAUCUUGGCGUUUUCCGUCCUUUAUGAAUAUUUCGUUUUUAUUUAGAUAAUUUUGGUUUAAUUUAUAACACACAAAAGUGAACCAAACUUCACAUUAGCUUACAUGUAGCCUGAUGUUUUGAAAUGCACCAUCACCGGGCGGCUGCACAUAAACAAAUGACCACCGUUGUUGGAUAGGGGGAUUUUACAGUACACAUUUCUAUUACUACAGACUCAAACGUUUUGCAUGGCACAUACUUUAAAGGAUCCCUUGGGAAAUGUACACCAUUGUGGAGCUCAAAGGAGUCAAGUGUGGAUAUCGCUGUGGCUACUGUAGGAAUGAAGGAGGUAAAGCUUCAUACGGCAUGUGGUCCCAUACUAUGACAGUGCAGGACUACCAAGAUCUCAUCGACAGAGGCUGGAGAAGAAGUGGCAAAUAUGUUUACAAGCCAAUUAUGAAUAAGACAUGCUGCCCACAGUACACCAUCAGGUGCCAUGCCUUGAACUUCCAUCCGUCGAAGACUCACAAAAAGACCUUGAAGAGAGUGAACAAGUUUCUCUCCAAAGGAGAGAUGCCAGUAGAGCGGUGUGAAGAGGGACAUGAUGGUGUUUUAGAAGAAAUCAAAAGUCGUCUAAAGCCCAUCUCUUCCAUACUUCAGAGGACAGUGGCUAUAGCUGCAGGAAAAACCCAGUCGUUUUUGUCAGGAGAGCCCAUGAACUCUGUGGAUGAAGAAGAUGUGCGACCCCCUCCUGAAGAUCCACUGAAAAUAGACCACAGUGAAAUACAAGACAUCACCACCAGCCUAGACACUGAGUCCUCCAACUCAACGCCCAGAGAAGACGCAGCUCCUGCUUCAGCAGAGAAAACCUCAAAUGUUACGGCCAAGCCAGGUAAGGGAGCCGACCCCAACAGGCCUCUGUGUCGGAAAGCUAAGGACAUUAGGAAAGAGAAACGACUUCAAAAAGAGCAACUGAAGCAGCAAGAACCGGUUUCUUCUUCUCCGAGUCCAGCCCCAUCAAAAUCUUCAUCUAAUCAGCCCAAAUCAUUGGAGGAAUUCAUUACAGAGUACUUACCCAAUGACCCGCUGCACCGUUUAGAGGUGAGGCUAGUGCCGGUCAGCUUUGAGGACCCGGACUUCCUGGCGUCGUACAAGCAGUCAGUGGCGCUGUACGCCCGCUACCAGAUGACCGUUCAUGGCGAUGCUCCGUCCGAGUGCGGGGAGAGCGAGUUUAAGAGGUUCCUCUGUGACUCUCCUUUAGAGGCUGAGACCGCUCCUGAUGGUCCUGAUGUGGGCUAUGGCUCGUUCCAUCAGCAGUACUGGUUAGAUGGCAGAAUAGUAGCAGUGGGCGUUCUGGACAUCCUUCCCUCCUGUGUGUCGUCCGUGUACCUCUACUACCACCCCGACUUCUCCUCGCUCUCAUUGGGCACCUACUCUGCUCUCAGGGAGAUUGCCUUCACCAGGCAGUUGCAGCAGCAGUCGCCCAAACUCGCCUACUACUAUCUGGGUUUCUACGUAUACUCGUGUCCCAAGAUGCGCUAUAAGGGUCAGUACCGGCCUUCAGACCUCCUGUGCCCUGAAACGUACGCUUGGGUGUCCAUCGAGAGAUGCAUUUCCCGCCUUGAGAUCUCCGCCUACUCUCGUCUCAACGAGAACGCCCAAGCAGGUGAUGCUCUUGCGCUGAAGGAUCUGGGCCGGGCGUUAGUGCUCCACAGGAGGACAGUGAUGCCCUAUGCGGCCUACGCCCGUAAGCGGAAGGGUUCGAACGACGAGAAAGAAGUGGAGCAAUACGCUAGUCUGGUGGGCCAGUCGUGUGCAGAGAGAAUUCUGCUUUACAGAGCUUAGAGCCCCUUUAUACCUUACAAACAUCUGUCUGUCUUUCAAAACAUGUAAGUGUUUGUAGGCUUGUCUGUUUAUUGUCUCCUUGAUUGUAUAUUUGUCUGCUUUUCUUUGUUUUUGUCAUUUUCCUCCUCCAGAAGUAUUUUCCCCAUCUGUGUGUACUGUUUGCUUUCUUUUUUUGUACUGCAGUGGAUUGCUUCACUCACCCUGUCUUUCGUAAUCGCUUUGAACUCUACUUUUAUAUUAUCUCGCCAGCAGCGCUUUGCAAUAAUCCCACUUGCACCACGCAACGACCAGGCACA